GCUCUGAGAAAGAGUGGCGGUACUUUUACUUAGUUGCGUCUUGAUGGGCAUGCUACAGCUGCUGGACGAAUUCCUGCAUUCUACUUUGACGGACUUGGGCAACUGCUUGGAAUCAUUUCUGCAGUAAAGUGAGAGUUUGCCUGACGUGCUUUAGUAUAUGACUGCAAGCUCUGCUAAUGUUUGGAGUAUAUUGUGAGAAGGAUUACUGCUCUAAAGACGAGAACAACAAUCUAGCACCAUCAAUGGCCACUACGCCAAGGUAAUGAGCGUACAAAAGUCACCUGGCCACGACAGAAAGAGGAAGCGGCGGUUAUACGACAUUUGGGAUCUCAACGAAGAGACCAACUGAGCUCUUAACAGGCGGAUGAGCAUCCAUUAUCAUAGCGAUACGUGUAUUGAUAGGACAGCUGGAACUGAUAACCAUGAUAUCCCUAAUCAUACGGUAUAUCGGAAAACAUUGAUAUUCUGACGAUGUGAGAAGAUGGGAUAACCCAGGUGCUUUGUCGUACGAUCAUAAUACUAAUUGCAGAGGAAAGUACUUGAAUCACAGUCACCUACGCGGAUGAUUUUUAGUACCAACAGAAAUGCUUCAAAAGGAGAGUUGUAUGUAAGAAUCAUCUUGCUCACAAUAUGCUGACCUAAGACAAGAUUUCGCGACACUUGCGGCCGAAACUCCAUUUCGCAUAUGAUUGAAACAACAGUUGUUCUUAAAACUUCUAACAAUUCACUGUGCUUGAAACAUGUUGUCGUGACUUCAUCCUGUUUUCUUGCUGAUUUCGUAACAAUCACUGGGUAGAAAAACUUGGAAGUUCUGAAUUUGGGGUAAAGUGAUUUCGCCUGUCGAUAGAUACUGCAUCAGCCAUGGCAAUAGACGCGGUUGAAUACAAGGUCCUCUGCGACAAGUCAAACAGCACGCACUGUGCGGCCAACGACUCGAACCCUUGCGCCUUCUUUGACAAUUCAAAGGGCUGCGGUUAUAGGAACGACACGGUGAACGUGAACAUUUAUCUCUUACCCAUUGGGAUACAAAUCGCAUAUUUCCUAUUCUUCGGUGCCAUGAUGAUCGCAGCUUUAAGUGGGAACAUUGUCAUCAUGUGGAUAGUCCUUGCUCACAAGCGUAUGCGGUCAGUGACGAACUAUUUCUUGUUGAACUUGGCCAUAGCUGAUGCCUCGAUAACCGCCUUUAAUACUUUCUUCAACCUGAUUUACCUAAUGUACGGACAUUGGCCAUUUGGAAGACUUUACUGUAAAUUUUCCCUCUUCACCUCAGUUGCUACGAUAUCCUCCAGUGUAUUCACAUUCAUGGCAAUCGCCAUCGAUAGGUACACUGCCAUAAUCCACCCCUUAAAGCCUCGGAUGAGCGGGAAGACCGCUAUAGGUGCUAUAGCUCUGAUCUGGGCCAUCUCAGUAGUCCUUGCCGUGCCGAACCUCUGGUUUGGCGAGUUACAGUACAAUCCACUGCGUACAAUCUGUUACCUACACUGGCCCGAUGGUGCGUUCAACACCUGGGAUAUGUCGUACGCCGUAAUCUUGCUGUUCAGUAACUAUAUCGUCCCUUUACUCGCGUGUACGAUAGCGUACUCCUGGGUUGGAUUGGAGCUAUGGGGAAGCCGAACCAUCGGUGAGAAUACGUUUAGGCAGGGGGAAAGCAUCCGGUCAAAGAGAAAGGUUGUGAAGAUGAUGAUUAUCGUAGUGUUUAUAUUCGGCGUUUGUUGGUUACCACAGCAUGUGUACUUCAUCGUAGCUUCCAUAGACAUGUCCGUGGCACACCAGCCGUACACCCAACAUGUCUACCUGGUCAUAUACUGGGUAGCUAUGAGCAAUUCCAUGUAUAACGCCUUCAUCUACUGUUGGAUGAACUCGAGAUUCCGAGAGGGAUUCCGAUACGCGUUCAGGUGGCUACCGUGUGUAAAUUGGAGGCCCUCGGAGCGCUUAGGAUUGAGAAUGGGCGGUCCAUCUUACCGGCAACAGAGUGUCAGCGUAACGGAGACCACGCGGUGUGAGCGCAACGGCUCGCUCAUGCAAACCAUGGACUCGAUGGACAGCGAUGAGGGACAGGCCGUGUGCCCUGGCUCUCAAAGGCGCCAUCCUGGGGGACCAAGAGGACACUAUCUUACCCCGCAGUAUCAUCACCUCGAUCACAAAGACAUGAAGAUUGCGGAAAAUGUUAUGUAGUUUGCACGUGCAGAAAUGACUUUUCUUUUGAACGUUAAAACAAUCAAUCAGAUGUAUAUAUAUUUUAAGUAAAAUAAACAAACUGCCCUGCUGUGGUAAAUAGCGGCAACAAUGCUGGUGUCAUCUAUCCUGUAACGAUAAUUGGCUUAUUAUCUACAUGUAAAUAUUUGCUAAUAUUUCGACCGGCAUCUUCCAUUUCCAUUUGCAUUUCCAAGACGAAUUGAUGAAUCAAGGGAGGGUACUUUAACUAAUAUUGUGGUUAUUGUUGACGUUUAGUACUCCCUACCAUCCGUUGAAUGGGUCGCUAAGCUUUGAACAGUUGAAUCGUGUCUUACACUCAUGCGGAUGAAAUACCACUUUCAACAUACCGUAAAUCGCCGAAUUUUCCAGGGAACACCAGUUUCAAUGUGGUUUUUCUUUCUUCUAAAGGCACUUCCGUAUACUCAUUGAAAAACAUCAUCAUCAUUUUCACGAUCAUCAUUAUCAUCAUCAUAAUCACCACCCCCAUCGUCAUCGUCAUCAUCAUCAUCAUCAUCAGCAACAACGACAUCAGCAUUACCAUUACCAUCAUCAUCAUUAUUAUAACUUUCGCCAUCAUCAUCACCAUCGUCGUCGUCGUCAUCAUCAUAAUCAUCACCAACAGCAUCAGCUUUAUCGUCAUCAGCAUCGGCAUCAUCAUCAGAACUAUCUUAAUCAUUAUUAGCCCAUCGAAAUAGGCUUCGAUCCGCGGCGCUGUAUCGUCGCCGUCGUCUUCGUCAUCGUCAUCAACAUCACCACCAGCAUCAUCAUCACUACCAUCAUCAUUAUCACCAUAUUCAUUACUAGUAUCAUCAUCAUUAUCAUCAUUAUUAUCAUCACCAUCAUCAUCAUGCAACGAUAAACAACAGGUCUUAAGACGAAAAAAAAUGACGAUGUCACCUUCCAAAUCAUAGAAUGCCCCUUGUUCUUCCUUUCAUUGUAACAAAUGGGUACGCAAGGUUGUCAGCUCAUGUGUACAUGUAUGCGUUAAAGCUAUCUGGCCAAUAGGGUGUCACUAUCACUAUAAUACAUUACUGGUACUUGACCACAACUCUUCUCGGUUUGACAUAGAAAUGGACAUCUAAUAUCACAUGCUAACAGGAAUCGCCUAAUUGAUCCAACUACAUUACUUUAAAAUUCUAUCCAAGUCGUAAAAUUCAAUUUAUCGAACGUAUGAACUACGAUUCCGAUGCUGCUCUAAGCUUUGAACAAGAUGCAAUCAGGACUCCGACAAUUACUGAAGAAAGGGAUGCUCAGAAUCUGAUUAUGUUGCCUAGGAUUUAUUUUCAUGGCCUUAUGUGGAAUACUUCCGUGGGUACGGGGUGCCUUAUCUAGCUAUGAGAAAGUGACAAUCUUUAUGUAUUUAGUGCAAUUUCCAAAUACGUAUGUUGAACUUCAACCCAAUCCUAGCCCCAGGACUAACAGGUUUGACACUAGCAGAUUAGUGUGACUACUCGAAUAAGACAAUUCGAAAAACGUCGGCCAAAAUAUUGUCAAUGUUAAUGUAAAUAUUGUUGAUAAACUUUAACAUUUAUGUUUGUACUGUAAUGAUAGUAUAACGAUAUCAAUAUAAUAGUAUUAAUGAAUUAUAGUGCCAUUAUGUAAAUUGUAUCAUUGUGUACAUUAGAAGUAGAUAUUAUUUAUUAACAUGUUGAUUGCAUAUUUUAUUGCUGUUGAUUGAUAUGAGAUAAUAAAGA